GUCCUCCUGAACGUUUUGUUGAUGCAAAUAUAGUCGAUUUGGUUUUGCGUGGUGUGAUCCGGUGAAGUCCAUGUGGUUUUGUGUAUCCGUUUAUGUGGGAAUAUGGUGCCGCCUAUGACCAGCUUAUUGAAGGCACAUAGAUUUGCAAAUCUCUCACCAUUUUCGUUUCUUUCUCCAAGUCCGUGUCGUCCCAUGAUGUCUUCAUAUCCAGUGUUGUCCGUUCCAACCUUGGCAUUGAAAUCUCCCAUCAGAAUGGUCAGGUCCUUUGUUGGGCACUUCUCGAUGAUUGACUGCAGCCUAUUGUAGAAUUGAUCUUUAGCGUCUUCAUUGUAGUCGUUGGUAGGCGCAUAGCAUUGGAUGAUGUUCAUUGAAAUCCCCUCUUUCUUUGUUUUGAACGAGGCUUUGAUGAUCCUUGGUCCAUAAGAUUCCCAUCCUAUUAGCGCAUUUUGCGCUUGUUUGGACAGCAUCAAUGCAACUCCUUGUGUAUGUGGUGCAUUUUCUUCUUCAUGGCCGGAGUAUAACAGGAGCUCUCCUGUAGUUAGUCGUUGUUGUCCAACUUGUGUCCAAUGUGUUUCACUGAUCCCAAGUACCUCUAGGUUGUAUCUUCUCAUUUCUGCAGCAAUUUGGAAGGCUCUCCCGGUGUCCCACGUACGAACAUUCCAUGUACCUAAAUAAAUGGUCGCUCUGGUUGUCAGAAGGGGCAUCGGCCUCGUAACUUCCGAAGGAAUUCGGCUUUCAUCAUGAGGCGUCAUAAUUCUUCUAAAUGAAGACCUUCUGACUCCCAGGGCAGAGUUUAAAAGGUUUGAAUAUUUUUUUCUGGUUAGCGUUUUUUUAGCGACUCGGUUUUCUACGGGAUGGGAACGCUAACCCCAUGCCCAACCCUCCUCCUUUAUCCGGGCUUGGGACCGGCAGUAGCCCCCGGAGGGACUAGUCUAACUUAAUCAUACUGAGUGAGAUAGUUAAGGGCGUCAUUCAUUUCACUAGUCUUGAACGCCUCAUCAGCCUUAUUGGUUAGUAUCUGAUGAAAUAUCAGUACAGAUUUAUCUAAGCUUGAUUGGCUUGGGCCACUUGUACUGUAGUCAGUAUAUCCGUCUGUUAUCAAAGGCACGAGUACGCUGAGUUAUUUGCUUCAUAGUUAACAAACGGUUUUUAAAAGAACAUUCUUCAGUUGCUAGUGUUUAGUCAUAGGUGUCUUCUGACCACUAAUGGAGCACGUUUGAACUACCGAGUAAGCAAUGCUGGUGUUAAACACAGUAUUAGGCUAAUAUAACAAGUCGGUAAGACUGUUUAUCUUUAUCAACUGAGAUGGGUGAAAUACUUGUCUGUCUAACCACCGCCUACUUUGACGUCUAAUGUUGGUUGGUGUAAGAGCAAGUUGAGAGAGAGGCAGCCAAACCAAGAUGUGAUUUCAACCCAUUAAGUCAUGUACUGUUGCACUGUGCCCUGUUGGGGACCACACGAUUAUUGUGACUAAUGAUCAGGGGCAUUGCAUGGAGCUUCAGAAUCAGGAUUUAUAUGCUCUAAGUACAUAAAUAGAAUACUAAUGUUUAAUUAAUCCGAUACUUUAAACAUUCUGACGUUCGCUCAGUUUUAGACCUUGUAUCCUAUCGGGGUUUCCACUUAGCAGAAUCCUUUACUUUGAAUCGGUCAGAGACUGUAAAAAGAGAAGAUUAAUCUCAUAAAAGUCAAAUCCAGUAAAAUCGGUAUGCAAUAAAUGAGUGUGCAUAACCUGUUGAAGUUACCCCCACAGUUCUUCGCAUGACUCAUUAAAUUUGGGAAGAAUACCUUAGGUAAGACAAUAUGCAUUUUCAAGUCUGUGAUUACACACUCAAUGGAGGAUGUAGACCCAAUACUACCUUCCCUAGGUUUGAAAUCUCAACCCCACAAUUUUUCUGCUUCUCAUCUCCAAUUAAGUCUCAUAUGAUUAUGGUAUCUAAUGCCUCAGAAGCUACAAUAAACAAACACAUCUGUUUUGUAAUUAUCACAAGGAGUUAAUAUUCUUCCGAAAUCGUCUGCUACUAUUUUUUUUACUUCUGUACUCAAUUUAAUGCCUCAACACUAUUCCCUGACCUACUUUCCUAACAACAUUCAUGGUUAUACAUCUAUAAGUCCUCCCAUUUUUCAUUGUUUUAAGUCUGUCAUAUUUUAAUUGGUAAGAGCUACAAUGAUAGUUGACAAAACAUUGAAGCUGUGCGCAAGUAGGUUGUUUCUUCAUUUCUCUUAGUCUAAGACAUUAUUAAUGCUCAUCUUUUUCAGUGAUGUUCUCACUGGUCAUGCAACUGUUUUUGGACAUGGUAACAAGAAUUUUUUUCUUCCUUCUUAACGAACCUCACUACGUUCCUUUCGACUUCCUUAUUUCUAGAGGAAAUUAGAGUAGACUGUUCUUAAAAACUACAUUUUGUCUCGUUAUAAUCACUCAAGUGCUUAACAUCCAUGUCCAAUAAACAAUGUAGUUUCGCUCUUCAACAGUAGUAAUACAAAUUAUCUGAUUAUAAGUAUAUUUUCCUGGUAACCACUAUUUUGUCUUAAGCAUUUUAAGGUCAUUGCCGUUCCUAUUAUGUUCAGUAAUUAUACUUCAUUUUAGAGCUUUUCCCCUUAGUAAAUGUAAUUUUACGUGGUAGAAUGCUGUGUUUGAUUUUAUUCUUUUGAGCGUAAUAUUCCUCUCACAUUCGUUUCCAGUCCAUCUUUUUUGAAUCUUGUUUUCAGUAUAAACUGAGCUCCUCACAAAGAGAUCGCGUAAAGAAGUUCAGUGCUAUUACUCGAAGUUCUGAUAAGGUUGCUAUUGACUGCCUUCAGAUGAGCAAUUGGAGGUUAGAACAGGCCGUAGAUUACUUCUACAGACAGAAUCCAACUCCUCAAGGACCCACUAUUAAUGAGGCGAAAAUUGACCAUCUGUUCCAGCGUUAUCGUGAUCCUCAGUGUCCUGAUCGCAUACUAGCUACAGGGAUGGAGCUAUUUCUUGUCACAGAUCUCCAUAUUGACCCAGAAAGUUUAAUCACUUUAAUCCUAGCUUGGAAGUUUUCAGCAAAGACCCAAGGAGAAUUUACUCGCGAGGAGUUUUUUCGUGGGUUCAGAGAGUUGGGGUGUGACUCAAUCAGUUCCUUGCGUAAUAAACUUCCUAGUCUAUUAAGUGAUAUAGAAGACAAACAAAAUUUUCGUUCUUUAUACUUAUUCACAUUUGGUUUCGCUAAUUUGGAUAAACAUGAAAGUAAAUCAUUAGGUAGGUAGAUUCUUGUCUUCUAUUCAUUUAAGUAACUUUUUAUGGUAGUUAUUGUUAAUAUUGAGUAUUCGUUUCAAAAUUUAUUCAUAGCGUCUCCCAUUAUAUUAAAGAUUUGAGCACUAAAAGUGAUUUACCAAAAGGCACAAAUUACCGGCUACCAUCAGAUUGUAUUUCAAAAUGUUUCUCUACUUUUCUGUAAACUAGUUCUUUUGGUUCAAGAAUUGACCCUCCGAAAAAUCAUCUUCAGUUUAGCACCCAAAUGCCCUAGUACGGUCGAGAGUAGGAAGAGUCAGCUCUCCUUUUCGAAAUGCUGUCACAUGAUCACGCGUGUACAGCCACUGCCUACGCCUGAACAUCGAUUACCACGACGCGCAGUGCUGACUAGUGUUGGGAAUGGUUGGAAGAAAGUUAGGGACGGUCAAACCGAAACGUGCCAUCAGUGCUUGAAGUCACUAACUUCUAGUCUUAGCCAUGUUGGUAGAUGCAAACUACUUGGUUGGGGUCCGCAUGACUGUCGUAACCAAUGGUUGGAGACUCUGGGUAACAUGGCUCAGAAUCGAUUACAAUGGCGUAGGUGUAUAUACAUUUUGUCUUCCCUUAAACUAUGAGAUUUAAAUUAUUUCAUAUCUUUCUACGAAAUAAUUCUUUCUUUCUGCACUAUAUCCUCACAUAAAAUCCUUCCUUUAUAGAUUACACAAUUGAGUUAACUGCUUCUAUGAAUCCGGUGCUCGUCUUGCUGUACUAUAGAGGUGUGGCAACUUGGACCGAUGCAUGUAUAUGCCUGGUUCUACGUUGUAACUGACUGACUGAGCCACUACCAGGAAGUCCUACUCACUGCCUUCUCGCGGCGGGGGUGCUUACAAAAUUGAGAGGACGAAAAGCGAAUGUCCGGCGCUUUAACCGAGUUGGUGGACACGGAAGAUCCACCUAGGGGAGUUGAAAAACCCUCAUUACAAACUAAUGGUGCACAUAAGCUCCAGGGUCCUGAGGAAACAAGGCAUGUGAACCAAUCGUUGGCCACCGGGUACCAUGGGACUGCAUUUCCUGAAGUUGCCCCACUGCCUUGUGGAUUAGACUUCUAGGUCGAAGGGUCAGAGAGUGGCCCCCUAAGAGAACCACCUGCUUCCGAGUAUCCUAGUCCUCACAUAAAUCAUUUGAUUUAUGUGGUGUAUAUCUAUUUGGUGCCUCCUUGUACCAAUGUUUGUGUUUAAAUACAUAAAUAAAAAUUAGGUUCACAUAUUGUAUCACAUUUCUUAUCCGGUUGAUGAUAAUCAUUGAAGAUAAUGAAUUUUUCAUCCUAUGCUCCUAACCUCAUAGAUCAGAAAACUAACAUUUCAUUAUAAGUUAAGGUAUUUUGUGUCACUUUAAUCUUCUACUUCGCUUCUUAAGAAUUUUAUCCUUUAACUCGGCAGCUCGGCUCUGAAGGUUCUGUCAAAUUUCGACUAUUGUAAAUCAAUAAAUGAUCAAAUUCCGAAACCACAUGUGCCGCUUAAACUCUUUCUUCAACGUUCAUACAUUGAUGUACAUCGAAUAACAAGCAGGUUUGGCUAUGACUCUGUAUAGGUCUCAAUACCAAGUUUGGACUUGAUAGUUCCAAAGAAAUUGACCAUUGGGUAGAAAGUCAAUGAUAAACAUAUUUUUGUGAUAUCCCAAUGAGUAGAAAUUUGUAUUUCUGACGUUUCGUGACUUUACGUUAGUCACUUCUUCAAAGUAAAUAUUGUUUAUUUAUUUACUCGGGAAAAGUGACUUACAUUAAGUUAGAAAUACGUUCCAGUCAUCGGAAUAUUACAAAAACAUAUUUACUAUGUCUUAUUCAGUGUUCACUAUCACAAUAACCUAUACUCAAAAUUCUAAUCAUGGACUACAAAUUCAUUUUUCAUCUGUAGAUAGGAAGAUUAUAUUGCAUAUAUGUGCUCAUCCGGUAAUCCUUGGGCAUUGGUAUCCAGUCCCACUGACCUCAUUGUUGCAUGGAGCCUCAGAACGGAGGUAACAUUUGAUCCUCGCUAAAAGUCGUCUAUAUGUCCUUAUGAUAAACUGUUCGAUCUGUGUGAAAAUUUGCGUAUGUGAUGUAGAUUUCUCCUUUGGCCAAUAUUUCCUGCUAAUAUUUUUAUUUCUAUGUUAUAUUGUGAGCUACUCGUUAUUUUUCUUUACUAAUAUCUUAAAUUACAGUCCAUCUGUAAUUUAUCCUAGGUAUUUCAGCUUUUCAUGCUACUUAAAAUUUCACUCUUCCUUUCCAAACUACAUUCUUUGAACUUUUCACUGUCUUUGAUAUCACUCUUAUCCACAUUUCUCUGAUUUUCGUCCUAUUGAUUUAAACCUCACUGUGUUAGGCCAACGCAUAUAUGCACUAGGACAGUCGUUGUGUAUGACUAACUUAAAGAUUACUAACCAACCGUAAAACAGUUAAACUUACAUCCGAAUUUGUCCCAUAGUAGUUGGAAUAUCUAAUGCUUAAAUCAGCAGUUUGUGAAAUGAUGGUUAAGGUAAUCAACUUUAAACCACAAAGUUUUAAAUUAGAACCACGUUUCACCUACUAUUUUUGAACAACUAAUUAGCAUCACAUUUAGUAUGGCUCAAUGCCAAGUAUAUAAGCCUCUACCUAGUGAAUGGGUUAAUCUAAAUCAGUAAGCUACCAUUAUUUCCUUUUUUUAAUUAAACUUCUUUACCAGUAUUACUUCAUUGUGCGUGUAUUUGUUCAUAGUUCUUCAGUACGCUAUUCCCUACUGGGAAAUUCUUCUACGUGGUCGAUUUUGUCAUUUAUCCCUAUGGUUUAAAUUCCUUCAAGUAAGUCAUUUCAUAGACCAAUACAUUAAUUGAACAGUUGUUAGAUGUAUUUAAUUGACGGUAAAUUAAAGCGAAUUCUUUAAAUUUUCACAUUUUUUUAUCUACACUAUUAGUGAAUUGAAAUAUAAGUGGGACGUAAUGCAACUUGCUUAAUUCCCACUUUCCUAAUGUCUAAUUUGAGUAGUUGCUCAUAGUAUUUCCUAAAAGAAUUCAGUUCACCGACCACAAAAGAUACACUUUUUAUGUGAUGGCUAAUAUGAACACUAGAUUCUCAAAUCAAAGUAAUGAGUUUCAGCACGAAAUUAAAAAGUUGAUAACUGAGUUACUCAAUCAUUUAUCGACAACUGGAAGAGUUUCCAAUAUAAUAUUGGCUCUAUAAACUAAAUCCACAUUGUUUAUUAAAACAUAUUACCAGUACCUCGGCCUAUAUUGUAAGCAGGUCUUGCAGAUAUAUUUCUUUUGUCUAACUACUUACUGAUGCAUUUUAAAUGGUUUCGACUAACAAACUUUUUUUCUAGUUUAUAAUUUGUGUUACUGUUGAGUAUUGUAUACAUUCUCACCACUGAACAGCCAAUUAUAUUGACUUAUCGGUUUUUUUGUCUUGAUAUUUCUAGGAACAUCAUAAACGUCCAAUUUCUAAGGACACAUGGGACCUUCUUCUAGACUUUGUUGAAACAAUUUAUCCUGACAUGUCUAAUUACGAUGAAGAAGGUGCUUGGCCAGUACUGAUUGAUGAAUUCGUCGAAUGGGCAAAGCCUCAAGUUCAGAUGGAUAUUCCACUAACAAACCACCCAUGAUCUUAUCAUAUAAUUUCGGGAUGAUACUUAUUCUUUUUGAAAUAUGCAGCUAUGUUAACCUCACAUUAUUUUCAGUUAGAACAUUUGUAAAGCUCGUCUUAUCUUUCUUCUACAACUAUCUUUCUCUUCAGGUUUUCUCCCUAUCUUUGCAAAUUAUUUAGUUACGAAUAAACUCUCACUUUCAAUGUGUAGUCUGUUUGUGUAUUCAGUCAUGGUUCUCUCGAAAAUUUUAUUGGCAAUUAGCACCGGUGAAUUGAGGUAAAUUCACAUCGAAAUAUAUGUGAGACCAGUCUCAGUCCAAUUAACCGUAUGCUACAUCACUUUACUUCAUAUUUCGUACAUUAUUCAGAAUUUCGAGUCAAUAUUUUGUUGUCUUUCUUUUAAAGGUGUUCAGUUAUUGGCUAAAAGAUCAGUAUAUUAAACAACAUACACUUAAGAAUAUUAUUCUUUGUCGUUUGCGUUGUUAAACUUCCAGAAAGAUUAGUACUUCACAUAUGUACCUAGUAUACUUAGCACUUCGUUUUUCUACAAUGCUGUAGGUUAUUCUAUCAAACUACAGUGUUAGUGCCAACUAAUAUUUCAAUCUGUUGAUGUACGCCUCAUCCCUACAUCACCUCCUAUCCAGGUUAUUUUUCCACUGCACAUGUCCCCAAAAUUUCUUGUCUUGGCAUCUAACAUGUAAACUGUAUAAAUUUUGUUCAAAUAUAUAUUAUAUUCUUAUAAACAAUUUUUAUAUCGCCUUCACUGUUCUAUUUACCACCACAUUCCUAUUUGGUCGAACAGCCGGAUUUCUCAGUUUGCUUACUUAAUCAUAGUGAACAGGUAAAACCUCGACUUAGCGAACAUCGUUGAAUGCAUAAAGACUGAAAUGGGUAUUAUAUGGCAACACUAGUCAAUAAAACAUAAACAUCUAUUUUUGAACUAUAGAUAUAGGAUGAUGGUAAUUGAGAAAUGUGCUCUCGGGUUUGAUCUAUACAAACGACUGUUUGUUUCAGCUACCGUCUGCAACAAUCUUGUUCUAGUACUUCCUUACUUACGCCUGUUACCCCUAAUGGAACAUAGGCUACCGACCAGGAUUCUCUAACUAACUCUCUUCCCGACUGCUAUUCAUUCUUUUGCUGUCUGCCUUCUAUGCUUUGGUCUUCCUUUUUUCCCUUCGCUUUGAGGAUUCCAGGUUAGUGCUUGCCUUGUGUUGCAGUUUGAUUUCCGUAAUGUAUGUCCUAUUCACCUCCAGCGUCGUCCUAAUUUCCUCUUCAACUGUAAUCCUGUUUGUUCUCUGUCACAGCAGGUUGUUGCUGAUGGUGUCUGACCAACGAACCUGCAUUGUUUUGUGUAGGCAGUUUAUAAAUGCUUUUGCUUUCUUGAUGAUGAUUGUAGUUCUCCAAGUUUCAGCUCCGUACAAUAGAACUGUGUAGAAAUUCGUAUUGAAGACUCUAAGACUGAUUUUGGCUGACAGCUGUUUUGAGUUCCAGAUAUUCUUUAGUUGUAAGAAUUCUGUCCUUGUGCCGGUCCGUGCAUUCACAUCUGCAUCAGAUCCAUUUUGUUUAUCAACGAUAUUGUCUAGGUACUUAGGACUUUCCACCUCAUUCAGAGCUUCUUCACCAAAUGUGAUUGGGUUGGUGUUCUCCAUGUUGUAUUUGAGGAUCUUGCUUUUUCUUUUGUGUAUGUUGAAGGCUACUGCUGCUACACUGGAUGUCACCGCCUGGAUUUAUUGGUGUGUAUGGGAUAGAAGAGCUAGGUAAUCUGAGAAGUCCAAACCGUUCAGUUGUAUGCAAGCCAUCAAAUGUAUUCCAUGCUUCCCCUGAGAUGUAUAGGUCUUCACAAUUCAGUCAACCACCAGAAGAAAGAGGAAGAGUAAACAGCCUUGUCCGACACCGGUCCUCACUUAGGAUGCAGCUAUCCUUUAUGCAUGACUUUGCAUUGUAGUCCGUCGAAUGAGUUUCGUCGGAUGUUGACGAUCUCAAGUACACCAUAGUGUCGAAGUCGCCAUGAAGUCCUGUCCACGCUGUCGAAUGCUUUCUCAUAGUCAAGGAGGUUGAUGUAUAGUGAGUAGUUCCACUCAAUUGAUUGUUCAACAGUGAUUCGUAGUGUGAAGAUUUGAUCUGUGCACGGCCUGUUGAUCUCGAAGUUAGACGUCUACUCCGUCUUUCAUCCGGUCUAGCAACACUCUGUUGAAAACUUCUGGUACUGACAGUAGUGUGAUACCUCUGUAAUUCUCACAUUUGUUCAGAUAUCCUUUAUUUGGUAUCUUGAUGAGGUAUCCUUCUUUCCAGUCUGUCGGCGAUUAACCUCCCUCGCAAAGCCUUCUGAAGAGAGUGUGGAGUGUCUUUGCAGUUAUCUCUACGUCCGACUUAAAUGCUUCAGCUGGUAUGUUGUCUGAUCCCACUGCUUCUCCACCCUUGAUUUUUCUGAUGGCCAUCCUGAUUUCUUACAUCGUUGGUGGAGUGACACCCAUAAGAAUGUCUAAGUGUGUUGCUUCGGUUUGUAGUGGGUUCAGUAGGGCUGGUCUGUCCGACAGUUUCUUCAACGUUUUCUACCUACCUGUUCCUCUGUUCUUGAAUUUCAGUGACUGUCUUGCCAUCUCUGUCCUUGAUCGGUCUCUCUGGUCUACCAUAUUUCCCUGCUAGCUUCUUCAUUGUUUCAAAUUUCCUUCUCUUGCAGCUUUUCUCGCUGUCGUUGCUAGGUCUUCCAUAUAUUUUUUUCUUGUCAGUUAUAAUGCUCCUCUUCACUUGCUCGUUUGCUUCUGUGUAUCCAGCUUGUGCAUUGACAUUCUCUGUUCUUGUUCGACUGUUAAUUGCUGUUUUCUUGUUCUUCCUUUCCUGAAUCUUGUCCAGGGUUUCCAUAGAGAUCCAUUCAUCAUCAUGAUGCUUCUUGCGACCCAGAACCUCUUGACACGUUGAAGUUAGUACUUCUUUGAUCCCUUCCCAGUUGUUCUCCAUAGCAACGUCUUUCAGUAAAUCUUGUAAGGCUUGGGACCUGUUGUUGAGAGCUAUCUUGAAUUCGUUUAGUUUGUCAGUAUCUCGAAAGAAAGCUAUACUAAAGCUUUUUAAUGCUGUUUCUCCAGUUGUCCAGUGCUCUUUAGCUUCAGUUUCAUCUUGGUCACUACCAACUGGUGGUCUGACUAUAUCAGCUCCUCUCUUUGUUCUCACAUCCUUUCUUAUAGUAGCUGCAUAAGUGCCAGUGGGGGUGUGAGUGAUGAGAUCAAUGCACGUAUAGUGAAAACCAGAGCGGCUUAUGCCAAUCUGGGCCACCUUUGGCGCCUUCGUGAUGUUAGUCUGGCUGUAAAAGGUCGGAUCUACAACGCGUCGGUGAGAGCAGUUCUGCUCUAUGCUUGUGAAACCUGGCCUCUCCGAGUUGAGGACGUUAGACGACUCUCUGUGUUCGAUCAUCGCUGUCUCCGAAGGAUUGCUGACAUCCAGUGGCAACACCAUGUCAGUAAUGCAGAGGUUCGGCAUCGUGUGUUCAGGCACAGAGAUGAUAAUUCAAUUGGUGUCACCAUCUUGAAACACCGUCUUCGGUGGCUUGGACAUGUUCUACGAAUGUCGCCGAGAGAAUUCCACGUCGUACAUUAUUUGCCGACUCUGGGACUGGUUGGAAAACGCGGAGAGGUGGUCAUUGUAUGACAUGGUGUCGUAGUAUGAAAGAAAGCUGCAAAGGACUGGCUUCUGUUGGUCCUUCACGACUCCCUGGUUGGGGUCCGAGAGGUGGUGCUACACAGUGGCUAGAGACGUUAUCAGAUAUGGCUCAGAAUAGAAGCCAGUGGCGAUUCUGCUGUAACCUUUUACUUUCUUCAUAAAAAGUGGUUGUGUCUUCCUUAACUGAAAGAUUUCUUCUGAUUGUACCUUUCCGUUCCCUCAUUAUUAUUAUUACUACACUACCUUACACCAACCUCUUCGUUAUUGUUCUCUUUUUUUACGCUCCUUACCUUUUUUUCUUUUCGAAUUCUCAUUGUUUUGUGUGGCGCAUAUAUAUUGGCGCUCUCUUGUACCAAUAUUUAUGUGUUCAAAUAAAUAAAUAUAGCGUCCCAUGAUACCUUUAUGUCUGGUCUUGUCUUUUCCGACUUUGGCGUUUAGGUCUCCCAUUAGGAUGGUCAGUUCCUUUCCUGGGUUUUCUCUGACUGACUGCAGCUUCAUAAAACCGAUCUUUAUCGUUUUGUUUGCUAUCAUUGGUGGUCGCAUAUCACUGGACAACAUUCGUCGUAAUCCCCUGUUUUGAAAGAUGCUUUGAUGAUCCCGGAUCUAUGAGAUUCACAGUUGACUGAUCACUGGAUGGUGAUCAAUGUCAUGUGUGUCAGGUCCUUCUUAGUGCAGAUUGAAUCCUAUCGAUGUGUCCAUCAGUCUAGGUGAAUAGGCAUUGCAUGCAUUAUGCGAAGAGACGUUACCACUGUGCAUUAAGAAGAGCUUGACACACAUGACAUUGAUCACCACCUAGUGAUCAAUCAAUUGUGAAUAUAUCUCAAUCCUACAGGGGGUCAGUCGUGGCCCGGACAGUCCAGUAGUAAAGUCUCUGCCUGUGAAGCCGGAUGACACGGCAUCGAACCCGUCAGGGAGCAUCAGUCCCCUCAAUAUUACAGGUACAUCUUGCUGACGGGCGCCAAAUAUCACGAAACUUGGGCCCAGGGUUUUUUGUUGACUGCCUCCAACCACCAUCUUAUCUACGAGAUUCGUGUUUCUUUAGGAAGCAUUAAUGCGAUUUCUUGUGUGUGAAGCACUUUCUUAUUUAUGGCCAGAGUACAAUGGCACCUCUCCCGAAGCUAAUCCUUUCUGUCCAGCUUAGGUCCGAUGGGUUUCGCUUAUUUUGCGCACCGCCUAUUUGUAUCUCAUUUCCGUAGCUAUUAGACUGGUCUCCCAUAUUGUCCAGACAUUCGAUGUGCCUACAUUAAUUGUUGCUCUGAUUGUUAGAAGGGUCAUCGGCCUCGUGAUUUUCAAAGAAUCUCGGCUUUCACCAUAAGGUAUCAGAAUUCUAAAUAAAGAUCCUUCGACUCCCGGGGCGGACUUUAAAUGGUGUUAAUGAUUUUCUCCUCCUCUAUCCCGGCUUGAGACCGGCAGUAACCCUACAAGGACUACGUGCGGAGUUUGUCCCAAUACUGUUUAAUUGUAUUUAUUGACCCGAAAGUAUCAUAGUCAAAAUAUCAGUUAUAUGCUUUUGAACUUUAUUUUAAAAGCUGCAAUGUUUAUGAAUAAAGAAGUAUCUUCUUACGAUGUUAGUUU